AUGCUCAAAGCUUCAAGAACUGAAAAGGAGGCCGGCGAUCUUUUAGGCACAUACUUGCUCCAGGGCUGGAUCAUGACAGACGAGAUUUGCAAGAUGGAGUCUUGCAGUUUUCCACUUAUGCGUUCCAAGGAUGGCUCGCUCUCAUUCUGUACAUACCAUGACCAACUUCCCAACAACGGUGCUACAUUCAACUACAAGAAAUCAGCAUCCUCAACUCCUGCUCCUACUGCUACUGCUGAUGCCGAGACACAACACGACAAGGCCUUGAAAGAUGCAGUUGUUCACCCUGCUGCUGUAGAAACUGCUGUUGAUAAUGGCGAGGAGGAACUACGCAUUCGUCGUGAAAGAAGAGAGCAAUCGUCCAAAGCAUCACAACUGAUUGGACAAAAGAUGCUUCAACGUUGGGCAUUACUGAAUGAGCACUGUCCUAAUCCAACAUGUUAUGCGGUGCCUUUGAUCCGCAACCCAGAUACCAAGCAAAUGUAUUGUGUGAUUUGCGAAAACAUCAUCUUGACAGAAGAAGAGGCAUUGGCAUUGGAGAAAAAAAAGACAUUGGAGCAAGCAGCCGCACCAAAACCCACACAAACAAAGCCUGUCCACUCGCCCAUCGUUUCACAAGUUACUGAGGAACGCAAACGACAAAAAACUGAAGCACCAGCUGUCAGCCAAAUCAACAACAACAGCAGCAGUAGCAGCACAAGCUCUGGCUUUUAUUCAUCCAAGAUUGUUGUCUCUACCUUGUCCAGCAAAAUGAAUGAAUUGACAGAACGAGUGAAAUCAUGUCAUGACCCCACUGAGCUGAUCCAAUUGUUCAAGGCCAUUAAGCAAUGCGCUGGGGCCGUUGAAGCUUGUCUUGCAGCAGGACAAGCUUAUGACAAGUCGGUAUCAAUUUAG